AUGUUUAGUUCUCCAGUCGCAGUUCGUGAGUGAGAAAAUUUUUUACACAUGGGAUUGUAAUUUUCUACAGAAUUCACAACCACCUUAAGAAGACGGUCCUUAGGCCCUUCUGCCUCAGUUGAUAGCCGGACAAUCGAAUUAGAUAUCCUGAAUGCUCUAAAAGGAGACAACAUUAGUCACCAAGUGAGAGGGGAAGUGGUGAUCGUGUUAACUGAAAUGGACAGGGAUGAAAGAGAGCAACUCAUCGACUUUCUCAUAUCUCCAGUAAGUAAAGAAGCAAGGUGAUGAUGACAUUAAAAAAUAAAAAGUUCAGGAUGGGGCCUUUAGAUCGACAAUGGAGAAUAACGCUUGCAAACAAUUCCAGUGCACCCCAGAAGAAUUUUGUAACGCGUUCAGGGAUGAAACUCUUAUUCUCAUGUUGGAAUAUUGGACCCUUAUACAAGUGCAAAUCAUGCCCAACCUCUCGUUAAUGCUAUAUCCGCUAGAAGUAAGAGAUCUCCACGGUAUUUACUAGUGUUAAAAUGUAGUCUAACACUUUCAGGUUGAGAAAGUUAAUUAUGCAAGCAUUGAGAGACAACGUUUUAUUGCCCAUGUUGAGAUCAAGAAGAAGACCAAAGAAUUACAUGAAGAUUCACCCGGUACUUGCCAAUGUUUGGCAGACAGCUUGUGAUGGGUCGGCUGAGCAUGAAGAGUAUAUGAAAUUGACGGAUUGGUUCUUUCAUACUAAUAAUUAUUAUUGUAAAUACCAUCGGGAUAUAUAGCAAUAAAUGCCAUCGAAAAGGACCACCGUUCGAUAAAGACAAUCGACUAAAGGGACCUCUGAUUUGAGGUGAUAAUGUAAAAUUAGUCUGUUAUGAUUGACGAAAAGCAAUUUUUUCCAUAAUUUGGAUCGUAUCCUGUUAUUCAACCCUGGACUAAUAACAUAAAUAAAGCAUGCUUAUCUCAACAAUCACACCGGCGUUCUUACUUUAACCUUUCAAAAUGAAUUGCGCAACGAUCAGAUAAAAUCCAUUUGAGGCCUUCAAUUGAUGUUCAGAUAGUUUUGAUCAGUUAAAUAAAAUAAACCGAUCGUUUAUAUCGCCGUUUGUUUACUUGGUGCAGAAAUUGCCUUGAAUUCCAACGUCCUUCAGUUUGAACAAAAUGCUGGUGCUCCUAACGUUCCUUGGUCUGACCGUGAUUGUCCAUUCCUCGGACAUUGAUUGUGGAAGGGUACCACCUUCACUUUGGUGUUUAAAUCAAAAUCUGGCUGCCAAAUGUAACGUCGCCGAACAAUGUGAGGCCUAUCUAACCAAGAGCAAAGGUCAGAAACUGCAGUUGACUUUGCUUUAUGAAACUUUAUGCAUUGAUUGUGAAGAGUUUAUGACUGGAACCUUUUAUCAUGACAUCUAUUUGAAAUAUGGUAGUAAAGUGGAUUUCGAGUUGGUUCCGUAUGGUAAUGCAGAAAUGGACAAAGUAAGUUCGAACGAAAUUAGCGGUACUAUAAACGCAUAGCAAGGUAACGUGAAAUGCCAACACGGAAAGGCUGAAUGUGAAGGAAAUAAGUACGAGGCUUGUCUUAUUCACUAUAUGCCGGAACCAAUCCCCUUCAUCAGAUGCAUUGAAUUGCAACUGCCAAAAGUGGAGAUUGAAAAGGCGGUCAGGAAAUGUUACAAAACAUUCAAGACCGCCCCGCAUGUUGUUGAUCAAGUCACGUAAGUGCCCGAAAUCCCCAAAUAUCUAAACACACUUUAGUCAUUGUUACAACGGUAAGCUUGGGGAUCAGCUGAUCAAAGGCCAUGCUGAAAGGACCAGCGCCAUUCAGCCGGAGAAACAUCUCGGAGUCCCCUGGCUUUUGUUCAACAACGUCAGUUUGAAAAGCGCUCAGAAAUAUGGAAAUGCGUUUAAUUAUGCGAUUGAUGAUUGGUAUGUUCAGGAUAAGGAAAACAUGAAGUUGUUGUUCGACACUAUUGACGAAAGCCCCGAAGAACCUAAGAUGUGCCGAAACGACAACCUACGUAAUUAUUAA